CUGCGCAGUGCAUCCAGGGGCUCGGCGGCGUUCGGUGCUGAAGUGGGGCGGAUGGCAGAAAAACAGCGGCGAUGGCCAUUACACCCCAGGAUUCCCAUUUACGAUGUCGUUAAAUGAGCAUCGGAGCAUCGCGCUUUCACACCUAUCAUCGUAGGACACUGACAACCCGACACAAAGGGAUGCUGUACUGUCACUGCUCCCUGUACUCUCAAGUCCAUAAAUGACCCUUUCACCGAGACCCAAGGAAGCCUAGGAGGCGCCGCAGAGAGAAGCAGAAGGAGCACGUGAAACGAGGAAACGGGGGGAGGAAGUGGUCACAUCUCGCCUUCAGCACUCGUGUCCCUUUCUGUGCCAGUCGGUCAGGCAUGGUGACACCAGUAACCUCUGUUCCUUGUGGUGAAAAGAAGCUCCUCGCCCUGCCCAGCCAGUCCGUUAGCCAGACAGACACUGAGACGCUCCACAAGUCGCUCACUUUGUCCACCAGCCUGCUAUCAUCCAGCAACCUAUUACCUCAUGCAAUGACUGCUCUUUCUGAUCUGUGUUUAGGAACUCACUAAUUCAUGCCCCGCAGUGUGAGUGGAGUGGAGAUGAGAAAAAGGCAGGCGGCUCAUAUCGAGGCCCCACCCCAGGCCCCUGGACAGCCCCGACCCAAUACCUGCUGCCUCUGCUGGUGCGGUUGUUGCAAGUGUCUCUGGAAUGAAGACAGGAUGGAGAGGAGUGAACGACAAACCUGCACCAAGAUGGACAGUAUUGAAGCUGCUGAAGAACAACACCCCAGCCUGGAGGAGUUGCUGUCGUGGGCACGGAGCUUUGAGAUGAUGCUGCGCUCUUUGGAGGGCCGGGAGAUCUUCCGGGAGUUCCUGCGCUCCGAGUACAGCGAGGACAACCUGCUUUUCUGGAUGGCCUGUGAAGAGUUGAAGAAGGAGACGAGUCCCUCCGUGGUGGAUGAGAAGGCCAGGAUCAUAUACGAAGACUACGUGUCCAUAUUAUCGCCCAAGGAGGUGAGUCUGGACUCGCGGGUCAGAGAAGGAAUAAACCAGAGCCUGGCGGAGCCCAGCAACCUGAUGUACGAGGAGGCCCAGCUCCAGAUUUACACCCUGAUGCACCGCGACUCCUUCCCCCGUUUCCUCAACUCCUCCGUUUACAGAGACCUCCUGGCUAGCAGGAGGCGCACCUGCCUCGACACCUAGACUCCUCCACCCUCCGACAUUGCCAUCGUACGCCAACAAGACUACUACUUAAACUUCGAAUACUACUAUGGUGCCAGAAGUUGGGUUUGGAAAAUCUCUCCCUCUUUUUUGAUUGAAAAGACUGAAUGCCAUCCAAGAUAGCUGGUUGUUUUUUUUUGUUUUGUUUUUUAUUUAUAUUUUUUUAAGCAAUUUAUAUCCAGUUCUCCACUGGAGCCAGGUCAGCCUUUGCUGGUUGGUUAUUGGUCAGUUUGAGACCAUUAAUGCUGGCCAGUGAUUGUUUUGCUAGCAAUUUGUGCUGUUUUGGUUGACUGGCCAACCCACGUAUCAGCUAUCAGUUGAAAUGGCCAAGCUGAGGGCCAGCUGUUGGUUAACUGUGGACAAGGACUCCUCAGGCGGUGGGGACAGACAGAGAGAGAGAGAGAGAGGACAAGCCCUCUGUUCCUGUACUGUAACAUUUAGACCCGAUGCUUUUUGCUCACAAUGAUAACAUGUCUUUAAUCAUUCUGUUUUAUUUUUCUACAUCUGUCCCAUUCCUUGGAUUUGGUUUUUCUUUUGAUUUCUUCACUGUCCAAACGUGACACCUAGUAGCUGGUGGGAGUUGGGGCAUCCUGUCCCGUUUAACCAGUAGAAACACUGGCUUUGCAUGCAGCUCCCUCUCUCUCUCUCUCUCUACACUAGGUUGACGAUACAAGCCGCGGACUGCAACCAUUUUUUGAAUACUGAGAGGUAUUAAGGCAAGGGAGCUGUCUUUCUGUCUGGCUGUCUGUGUUCAGUGAAGGGAAAAAGUACACUUCUGCCAAUUUUAAGCUUACUGCUACUUUUUUUAUUGAGGAGGUUUGAAGGCUUCUGCAGCACAGGCAGCAGCACCCAUCCAUCUAUCCACCUGUCCAUCCAUUCAUCCGUCCGUCCAAGCACUUUCUUUCUUUAGGAUUCUUUCACUGGGAGAAGUAAGGGCUAGACUUGUGGUUGGGCAGCUACACCUGUUAUUAUUGUUACUCUUGAACUUUAAACAAAAAAUAUCUCUCCGGUGAGAAAAUGCCUUUUACGCGCAAGGAAAGGCACCACAAGCGCUGCUGGAGUUUUUCUGGAAAGCAACCACAGUUUGUCCAACGAUCCCUACCUCCCAUCUUUUUCCCCCCCUCCUCCCUCCAACUCAGACCAUUACAGCCUGACAAGCACAGGUGCCCAGUGUGGGGGAGAAAAAAAAAAAAAAAGAAUCUCACAUCCACUCCAAAUAGAUGGUCAUCGACAUUUUGAAAUUCUUGAGCAGAAAAAGAGGGUUUACCUUUUGAGUGUUCUACAGUGAGCAUUACGGGAAGCUGGCUCUGCUUGGAGGACAGCAGCAGAUGCCACAGACGCUAAUAGAAUUAGAAGGGGUUACUAAACCCUGGUUUUUGUCUGUAAGGCUUAAGCUUUCGACAGCAGUUUUGGGGUUGGACGUCCGAUAGGAGCAGAGGUGUUGGUGCCAAACAUGAUGUCAAAAGAUGCUGUGAAGAUUUACUGAUGUGGCUUGUGCCCAAGCUGUGGAGUAUCGAUCAUUCCAGCUUGUGGUAGCCCUUCAGAUAGCUACUGCCUGCUCAAGACACUCGCUUUUUUCCCCAGAGUUAGUGAAGAGGGUUGGUGUAAUUCUAUUAACUGAGGAGUUUGUCGUGCUACACACUAGCCUUUUUUGAAAAAGCCGACUUGGUUUCAGCAUGCUGUAGGCAAGCAGUUAGCAUGCCUGUGCUAGCCAUGCUAACCCUCCAUCCCCACUGCCAGCCCUCACACACUCUGGUUUGUUUUUCUAAUCCGACUUUGACAGCAUGCAAUGAUAACGGAUAUUUGUGUGUGUAUGGUACAGUUACACACUUAAAAAGAAAAGUUUAUGGGGGUCUUGCCAAAUGUCCCAUUAACAUUUUUUGGUAAAUAAAAAGAUGUUUUUUAUGAUGUGAACAUGAACUUUGUUCCUGUGGACGUGCAGUAGAAAGUGCAUGAGUGCAGUAUAUGCUUUUUUUUUCUUUCUUUUUUUUUUUUCUUCUUAAUGAACUGAGCCUCCGACUAUAUGUCAUUUGAUGGAUAGCUGACCUCCUGGUUUUGGUUGAUUGGUGGUUAGUGCAGUCUUAAAGUGUCAAUGAAACAGUGCCACUCCUCACUGAUAAAUGUAGGCGUCCGUGUUGCCGCCUCCUUUAAACUACCUGAAGUUCACGUGCCAAGCUUGGUCUAGAUUCAGUUAAAGAGCAGGCGGAGCGGGAUGUCUGGCAGACUUUUAAAGUGCAAUUGGAUGUAUGUAGUGAUGACAGACUGGAGCUGAUUUUAGGCUGUGGCUCGCUAUGUCAGGUUUGUUUUGAAUUGUCAGAUCUUGUACAUUUUCGAGACGGGAGUCAGCUGUUUGAAAACCUUGUAAUGCCGCUGUCGGAUCACGUAACAAAACUGGCUUUUUCUAGUUAGCACCUGCGAGUUUCACCAGAAGAACUACUAAGGACAUUCGGUUAAUCUUGAAAAACAGAAAUCGUGGUGUUUUGCUGGACCACAAAUGGAAAAGUGUCCUCCACAAUUAUUUUCACUUGCAGUGUUAAAAAUGCUAACUAGAGGAAACUGCCAGUUUGCCUGUCAUAUUCCGACAAAAGCUGUUGUGAUUUACUGGGCGCGACUCAUCCGUGAAAGUUGAGUCAAAUAAUCACUCCAAAGUUUUGCAAUGUUCCUUAUUAAAAUGUACUCUAUUUAACCUUUGGCAAUACAGUACUCAUACGCAGACUACGUUAAUAUAUCCAUUAAGGGCUUGAUUGGUAUUGCUUGGCUGCUUUAAUGAAGAGCUGUGCAUGCAUGCGCCCAGUUGUUUAGAAGCAGAGGAAUACAGAACCAAUUCUGAUACUGAGGAAUCAUUUUUACUCCUCGGUGCGGCUUUCGUUCCCCGGAAAGAAGCCUGUUAGGCGUCGUAAUUGGACAUCUCCGGAACGCUCUGACGCCUGUCACUCAUGAAGCGCUCUCUCGCCGAAGUAAAUCCCUCUUCUGCACACGUUUCCUUGUUGCCGAGUCUAUAUAGUAACUAACACGAGAAUGUUUCACCAAGAACCAGAUAAUGAAAUCAUGGUGCAAUCAAACCAAGUUUACAUUUAUAAGUAGUGAGAUGUGUGUAGCUUAUUAGAUACUCUAUGGGGAGCCAACCGCCAGCAGGUUUGAAGCUGGUUAUGAGUCUCUGCCCAGCGCUACAGUCUUGAGUUUAAAACUGGGAGCAUUUUACAGGGAGGACGAGCAAGGCAGGUUUUCUGCUCACGUCCCUCCCUCUUAAUUUAUUGUGACUUUUACGCGGUGUGGGGAGAAAAAAAAAGAAAAAAAAAGAGUACACGGUUGUUUAUUUUUAAUAACUGCAUUUCAAAUGUGGAUUUUACAAGCAAUGACGAUGAUGUGAAGUGACGUAGUGUCAUCGCUGAAUUUAGGUUAUUUUUAUUGUUUUAAAUUUUUUUUUUUUUUUUUUUUUUCUGUCUCUGAAUUUCCAAGUGAGUGGGUCUUUGAUGAAACGUGGCUGCGGUUUUAUCAACUGAAGAAAAAGAGAGAAAAGGUUGGGAGCCGAAGUGUCCUGACAGGACAGAGGAGGUUUGCGAAGCUUUGGCCUUACUGACACGUUUUAUUUUUGUUUUCCUUUGUAUAGAAAAAAAAAACAACAACAAACGUCUCCGUAGGCUUUUCACUACCUCUCAUGUUGGUUAAUUUAUUUCACAUCUAGUUGUCAAUGUACAAGUUGUUUUUAGAUCUACUUGAAGCCUAACACUGUAAACAAAAAUGUGCACAGAAAAUGACUAUGUAUAUGACCAGAGGGGUUAAAGAGAGCUUGGCCUAGUCAACAUUAUUUUAUUUUUUUUUUGUUUCGUCUGUCUGUAUGUAUGUUUGUUUUUAAUUGUGCUGAGCUGAAUUAGAUUUUGCAUCUCUAUAAAGAAUUCAGGAAUCCACUGUCUAAGGGCUAAUCCCAUUUUUGCCUAUGCAAAUCUGUUACUGUGGGUGAGUUGGGAAAGGGCCAGCUAGCGCACCUUUCACCUGUUUUAGAUGGACCAUGGUUUACAUUGCCCUUUGCUGAUAUUCUUCAAUCUUAUUCAGCAAAAAUGUACGCUUAUUUUGUUUAUAUAUAUAUAUAUACAUAUAUAUAUACACACACACACACAGAAAUAUACAGAGAAAAUAGUAUAUGCCUUGGUGAUGAUAAAAAAGAAACCUUGCUGAAAACAAAUAAAUGUGUUGUCUGACAUUAUGUGGCUGUGUGCUGGAGUCUUGGUGAGCUAGACGACUGGAAUUCAACUGGCAGUUGAGCGACUGUCAGGAAAACUCUCAUUACUCAGGCUACAAGAGUAGCAGCUGACCGUGUGCAGUAUUUCUGAACUGAGGGGAAUGAAACUUUUUAUUUAUUUACUGUGAGGAGCAACAACAUCCUGACUUGCUGUGACAUACCCAGCUCCAGCCUGUGAGGUAAAUGAGGUGUUAGGGCCACCCAGGGCUUGUCCUUGUCCCGUCAUUUUUCACUGUAACAUUUGGUCUUUUUUUUUUUUUUUAAAGCGAGACUAUGUAACUUAAGCCAGACUAUGGUUGUUGUUGCCACAGGUGACGGUUGAGGGCAAAAAUAAAACAUUAUAUAAAAAAAAUUAAUAAAACAUCAUCUGAAAGUAGCACGUGAUAGAUUUAUGCUUCUGCGUCAGAUCUCUGCUUCAGGUGUGCCAUGGCUCCAAACCAUCGCCGUAGCCUACGCUGUAGCUUUAGGCAAGCCUCUUCAAAAAUGUAACCACACAUCCCAAGCCCAAAAAAGUCUAAUUCACCCUCCGCCUGGCUCCUACACAACACCUACCUACCUAACUAGGCGUCUUCCUUUUUCUGCGUUGCAGUGAUUUCACUGAAAGUUGUCAUCUGUGUAAUUACACAAUAAAUCUGACACACCAGCGCACAAGUGUAAAGACAACAGGGUACUCGCAUAGGCUAAGGCCUGCUUCUCUGGCCUGUAGGCAUGAGGGUGUAGGGCUAUGCCGUAUAUGCAUUACGCUACAUUCACACUUAGAGCAACAAAAGUUACAGGUGAGUCAGUAUGAGCGGCUACGUUUAUCGCAGAGUCGCCGUUGAUGUUUUGCUCAAAUGCUGGUUCACAGUUGCAGAUGCCUGUUUUAUCUGUGAAACAGCAAAGUGUCGGGUGACAUUUAAAUGUUAACUAGAGAAACAAAUGCACAUGACUGAUCACUACAUCUGUGGUGUGUUGGGGAAAAAAAUAAGCCAUUUCAACUUUGAUAUGUAGCGUAUUACGCCUAUCUAGUAGCGCCGUGUCACUUUGACGCUUCAUAACGCCAUCUUCUAUUGAAAACAAAUUGCUGUUCAUUUCUCUUAUCUUCACUAGUGUACCCACAGUGUUAUAUUUACCUUAAGAAAUGUAACAAUACACCACGGCCACUCAAUUUUUUUUUUUUUUUUUUUUGGCUCUUGCCUACUUUCUUAGGCCACGUACACAUACGAAAACGAUCCGGUUUUCCUUGGCGUCGUGUCGAGUAUUUCUCCGUAAAUGUGGAUCCAUUGCGAAACCGCAUUUGUAGAAAGGCUGUAGUACAUAUCCCAGGCCUGUGCGUGACGCUGUUUCGGCUAGACACCAAAAAAGGAAGAAGAGGAAGAGGCGGAGCAUGCGCAUCAACCUUGCAUGCCGUACAGCCCGUAAUUACCUUUAGCUAGUGGUAGUGAUGAAGCAACAGUAUAUAUUGGACCUGGCCACCCAACAAGGGUCAAUAUCUGAUGCAGCACCGUUACAAACCUGUAGUCCGCCGUUAACGUUGUUGUCAUGAGACGUUGGGUCGAGGCGCGAGAGUGGGGCGAUGGCGUCAUCGUGUUCGUAUCAGGCUGUUAAAACGAAUGAAAAAAGGAACCGCACAGGCUCCUCAGUUUUCUUUUUCACCCUGAGACCUGAAUUCAAAAGGGUGUAGUUUCAGUCUCAGGAAGAUCCGGAUCCAUCACUGACGGCAGGCAGAACUGUGCAAGACAAGCCCUAUGCGGUUUCUCCCAAAAAUCGGAUUCGUGUAAACGUGGCCUUAGUGGCUGGAUUGGUGCCAACAUAAAAAAAAAAAAUAAUAAUAAAUUACUGUGGCGUCUGUCAAAAGUAAUUGUUGUUCCACAUCUAUUAACAUCAACUCCAUUAUUUGAAGUACACAGAAAAAGCAGAGAAGCUGCAACGUGAUUACAGAACAAGGCUGACACACCAACUAUAAAUGCUUACACUGGCGUAGGAGGGUGUUCACUUUGGCUACGGCUUAUUCUCUGCAUAGAUCCGAUGCAGAAGUAUAAACCAAGUUGUAACAUCAGCAAACUUCAAGCAGGAUAACAUUAGCCGCCACAAGCUAGUGGUCCCACCGCUAUUUUUUUCUUAUUAUUUUUAAUUCCAGCAUUCAAAAGUUACAUGGUCUUACUUUGAAGGACUGAGUUAAAGCGAACUGGAAACAGGCUAGCCAGUACAAUAAGCAUCAUUCAUUCAUGGAUUCAAAUUUAAAGUUUCCUCUUGUCAUGAAAUACUUAUAAUCACAAUUGUUAUAUUUUGUUGUUUGUCAGUGGAGUCUGCGCUGAAUCGUGAAUUUGUAACGAAGCGAGUGCAGCACUGUGUCAUCAGAAUACAGCAGCAACUUAUUUUUCUAUUCUUCUUCCUGUUCUUUGUGUAGCCACAUCCGGUCAGACUAUCACUGUGUUAAUACAGUAGCGUUUAAGUGAGAGCAGAAGUGUGUUUUCAUAGUAAUAAGUUACUCAGCUCUCACUUUUAGCGUCAAGUUGAGGUUGGAUUUAGUAAUUUAUUUUUUAACAUUAAUUUUUUUUCACUCGUGACCCAUAAUGGAAAAUAGAAUAGGAAGGUUGAUGGUGUAUAGAUUUUUCUUUCCCACAAUGCAGCGUGGCUAAAGAUAGACGGGUUUAUUGACUGACGUUGUGUGUUCACUUCUGUUGGAUUUGGUGCCUCUUUAUGCUUCACAACAGACCUCAAGAUCUCUUUCUCUGUCUGUCUCGCUUUCCCUCUCUUGGGCUCUCACUUCCUCUCUCUGUGACAUUACACAUACGACACUGUUAUUAGCAGCUAGAGCAGAGACGGGCCUGCUUUACGACAAAAAUCACAUCGACGUUUUAUUACUCCUACGUGAGAAAACCCUCCUAUUGUCUCUUUCGUACCUCUUCCAGAGGUGUUUGUGCUACUUUGGGAAAGAGAUUACGUUUGUGCAGGUACAGCUUGAAGUUGGUUUUUAACAGUUUUAGGCAAUCACUUUUCUCUUUAUUGAUUUAGAUGCCUAAGCCUCUUGGUUUUUGUCAUGCCUUUGUAGAUAGAUUGCAGUCGUGGAGAACUGAGCUGCAGGUGAAAAUAAAAAAAGAUUUUACCGUCACUUUAGGCGACUAAACAAGUGACAUUUUUUCUAUUCAGCAUGCUUUGUGCUAAAUAAAUGAAAUAAUUCAGUUAUUUGCUAUAAACGAUACUGUAUGAGUAUGUAUUCAAGUACUGCAGUAUGCAGACAAUUAAAAAUAUGAGAAGCUCUUUUGAGAGGUUCAUAUUUUUCUUCUAGUAUGUUUGACUAAUAUCGACGGUUAUGGGUACUUCUUGUUUUGAGUGUCUCAUGAAUUGCCAGAAUGACUAAGUGACCCUCUUUGUAUUAACAAAUAUAGACUACGGUUGGUUACUUCCACAUGCAUGAUUUGCAGAGAAAUUUUACCAGGACAGUGCUUUUUAAUCAGGAUUCUGGUCAGUCAGGCUCAACUUUUCACUAUUUUCCACUGGUUGCUUCACAACUUUUGAUGAUGACUGUUUUAUUUACAUCAAGACAAGUGAAAUUUGACCUUUGUGGUCACUAAUGGUCGGCGGGAGCGACAUUUUAUUUCUCAUGGGGAGCCUCAUCUUGCCACACAGAGCAGAUGUAAACUCCAUUUUAAGAUCUGAAAUAACAGAGAUGAGAAAACGACCAUUGAGCUUUAAACAGUAGCCAGUAUAUGGGUGAAUGCAUGAGUCCAAUAGAAAACAGAGCACUGUGUCCCCAUCCUACAGGGUCGUGCUGCCCAAGAGUAUGAUUGUUUUCAUCAUGACUUUGAAAAGUUUCAGAGGAGACUGAUCAUCAGUCCUCAACUGUAGCAUUGAAAAUACUUUUCUACCUUCUAAACUGAUGAAGCAGGUCACCUCAUAUAGCUUCAUCUGACAGCGAUGUAAAUUGGUACUUGAAGACAGAAUGGGAACAAAAUUUAAAGCAUUCGGCAUUUGCGACAUUAAUUCUCUGCAUAUGCUAGUAUAAUACAGAUAAGAUGAAAAAUUUAAGACUGAAGAAAUAUUUGUGCCCAAAUCAAGUCAGAUAAUGUGGACGUAAAAGGAUUUAAACGAUUGCCUUAGAUCUGUAAGACUUCUUGUAAAGUGAUGGAUGUGAAAAAGAAAAAAAUUCUACAUAGACUGCAUUUAUAUGCUAACUAUGAAGCUGCAGGUAGCCGGCUAGCUUAGUUCCGUUAAGCUAGUUAGCCAAACUCCUGUGAGACUCCUGUCUCAAUUGACUCAACUGAGCCAAGAUAAAAACACAUAACAGGUUCUAAGACCAAUAAAAAUAAUCAUUUAUUGAUUAUAGUGGGUAAUGUGUCAAACUAUUCAAUGUUGAAUACUAAGCUAACCGGCGCCUUGUUCCAGCUUCGUAUUUAUUGCCUUGUGCGACUCUCAUAAAAAAAAAAAAACAAGCAAGUAAGUGUAUUUGCCAAAUGUCAGUUUAAAACUUAAAAAAUUAUUUGAGCUAUGUAAAAUUUUUGAGAAACCUGAAGAAUAGCAAUGCCUCUUUGUUGAGUAAAAUGUGCCAAAAUAAUAAUCUCCCUUUUGUUUCACUGUAAAGAGGUCAAAGAAAUUGUUUGGUUAUAAAAACACGCUCUGUUGGACUCAAUAUGUUCCUGAUGAAACACAUUUUGUUGUCUUUUCACAAUGCUGUUGUGGGUUUGUGUCAUCUCUUUGAAUCAUCCACAUGUAUUCUACUUAUCAACAUGUAACCAACUUAUUUUUUUUAACAGGCACUGAACAUGUUUGCAAAAUGACUGACUGAUGUAGAUUACAAGCAACCUCAUCAGAUCAAGCUGUUCACUAUUUUAAAUUUGUUUUGUACUGUUUUUAUUUAUUUCAGCUGAUGAUUUAUUUCAGUCAUUGUUUAGUUUUUUGUUUUGUCCUAAGACACAAAAAUUGUUGUUCAUCAGCCUUUAACUUCAUAUGAGUUAGCAUCACGUUAACGGCGUGCUCAGUUGUGGUACAUUUUAAUCUACAGUUCUGUCUCUGUCUUUGUUUACACAAUGACAUCUUGCAUUAAAAGAAAACUAUGGUAACUGCCCUUGAAUAUCUGUAAUUUAAAUAGUGCUGCUAGAGAAAGAAAUCUAAAUGUAACAACUUACAAUAAAUACUUAAUAGAUUUUU